CCAUUAACUAGUAUACCGCGCGCGCUGGCCUCCAACUUGUUCUAUAAAAGAAAGCCCAGCCAUUUGGACACGAUCACCACCAGCGAUCGAUCGGUCGAACAGAGGUGAGCGACACAAGAACACACUGUGCUUUUCUGGAAGCAUGUUCAGCCACGGCCACCACCAUGGGCAGCACCAGCCUGCACCGCCUCCGGCCGGUCCUCCCCAGCAGCACGAGCCGACGUUCAAGAUCUUCUGCCGCGCCGACGAGGGGUACUGCCUCACCGUCCGCCACGACGCCGUCGUCCUCGCGCCCACCAACCCCCGCGACGAGUUCCAGCACUGGUACAAGGACAUGCGGCACAGCGCCAAGGUGAAGGACGAGGAGGGCCACCCGGCGUUCGCGCUCGUCAACCGCGCCACCGGCCUCGCCGUCAAGCACUCGCUCGGCCAAUCACACCCUGUGAAGCUGGUGCCGUACAGACCCGAGUACGAGGACGAGUCGGUGCUGUGGACGGAGAGCAAGGACGUCGGCAAGGGCUUCCGCUGCAUCCGCAUGGUCAACAACAUCCACCUCAACUUCGACGCCUUCCACGGCGACAAGUCCCACGGCGGCGUGCACGACGGCACCACCGUCGUGCUCUGGGAGUGGUGCAAGGGCGACAACCAGAGCUGGAAGAUCCUGCCCUGGGGUUCCGAGGCACACGCGCCGCCGCCGCCAGCAUACGGCGCCGGUGGGUACGGCUACCCGUCCGGCUCCCAGGAGGCAUACCCGCCGCCGCCCAACCGUGAACCGGGCUACGGCUACCGCCCACCAGCCGGCGGCCCGGAGUUUUACCCGCCGCCGGCGACGCACGAGCCAGGCUACGGCUACCGUCCGCCGCCACCCGGUGCGGGGUACGGCAGCAGGCUGGGCGGCGUGCUGGCGUCGGAGGCUACCGUGCGCGUGCUGUGCAGGGCCGACGAGGCGUACAGCCUCACCGUGAGGAACGGCGGCGUGUGCCUUGCACCAACCAACCCCAGGGACGAAUUCCAGCACUGGGUGAAGGACAUGAGGCACAGCACGAGAAUCAAGGACGAGGAAGGGUACCCGGCGUUCGCGCUGGUGAACAAGGCCACCGGCGAAGCCAUCAAGCACUCCCUCGGACAGAGCCACCCUGUUGGGCUGGUGCCAUACAACCCGGAGGUGAUGGACGAGUCAGUGCUGUGGACGGAGAGCAAGGACGUCGGCCAUGGCUUCCGCUGCAUCCGCAUGGUCAACAACAUCUACCUCAACUUCGACGCCUUCCACGGCGACAAGGACCACGGCGGCGUCCACGACGGCACCACCGUCGUGCUCUGGGAGUGGUGCAAGGGCGACAACCAGCGCUGGAAGAUUGUGCCAUGGUAGAUCGAUCGAUCCGUCACGGCGCUCUUAAUUGGCCUCGCCGAACACGUCGAUCGAGCCCUGUCCUGUUCUACUUGAACUUCUAUGUCACUGCAGAAUAAACAAGUGUUGUUGUCAGCAGAGGAUCAGAUCGAUGAUCCCGCUGUUUGGUGUGGAUGAUCGAUCACCAUUAGAUCCUACCGUAUAUUCGCAUCUUUGUACUUUGUUCAUGUCAUGAUGAGUCGUCUGUCUAAUUUUGCCCAGUUUGAUACUGCAUGCGUUGUUGUUAUGUAUGACUGGUACACCUGCUUCGACUCCCAAAUGACAAAUGGUUAAUCCUGAUGG